AGUGUGCACGUGCAGGGAGACAAUAAUAGCGAGAUGGACUGAAGAGAAAGGAAAAUGAGCAAGAAAAAGAGGAGGAAACUUGAGUGGCAGCGCUGGCAUAGCAUCGUUCAGAAAGCUGGAGACGGUCUGCGGUGCAGUAGCUGCUGCCUGCGCGCACUUCUUUCCACAGCUCCCCCCGGGCCGUCAGAAGCCGGUAGGCGCGCGGAGACACAAGCCUGACAGCACCGCAUCAGCAAAGUACGGCGCUAUUUUCUGACGCGACUUCAAAACAUUUCAGCCAUAAAUGCGUAACCUCGUUCUUUAACCUCUUACUUAUUUCAAUUUAGGUGGCAACAAAAAAGCCCUAGAGGUGGACACACGAUAGAGGAGAUCUGCACGCAUUCUGGGCACAGCGUGAGAAGACAAAACUACUUGAGAGGAAAUAUAAAAAGCUGUACGUCCUGUCGCGGGAAGAGACGGGACAUCUGCGCAGAGAAGCGACGCUCCUGUGCGCGGAGAGCAAGCACAGACUCUGCAGACGCACUUAAAGGGCAGGAGAGAUACAUAAAAGAAGGUGGAGGGUAUUUUACGCACAACAGCAGCGCUCAGUAGCUGUGAUUGACACGCGGCUACUUCAGGGGACUCUAUCGCUCCGUUCAGGACUCUCAGGCGGAUUUGCACUUGACUAAGUCGACAUAACAGCAGCCGGCCGGGAUGGAUUCCUUCAUCAUAGCGGCUCUGGUGGUAGUGUGCUCUCUAACAGUACCAGCCUAUGGGGACAAAGGGAGCAGCAAAGCUCGGAGUUGUUCGGAUAUCAGGCAGUUUUAUAGCGGGAAAGGAUUCGCUCUGGAUGGUGUGCCUCAGUCUGAAAUAUCAGGAGAGCACCUGCGUAUCUGUCCUCAGGGUUACACCUGCUGCACCAGCGACAUGGAGGACAACCUUGCCACACUGAGCCGCAGAGAGAUGGAGGGACUACUCAAAGAUGCUGGCCGGUCCUUACAGACCUCGCUCACUGGACAGUACAAGGCUUUUGAUGGUUACUUCCUGGAGUUGCUGAACCAGUCAGCGGUUAGUCUUCAGGAGAGUUUUACUGCAUCGUGGGGGUCCUUAUACUCCCAGAAUUCUCAGGUCUUCUCUGAGCUGUACAUGGAUAUAAAACACUACUACAGAGGAUCCAACGUCAACCUAGAAGAAGUCCUUAAUGAAUUUUGGGCCAGGCUUCUGGAGAAGCUUUUCUACCAGGCAAAUAAGCAAUAUUUUAUAGGCGAGGACUACCUUGAGUGUGUGUCUAAGCAGAUAGAGACACUACGACCUUUUGGAGACACGCCCCGUAUGAUGAAGAUGACGGUCACUCGCACAUUUGUGGCAGCCCGUUCCUUUGUUCAGGGGCUGGUGGUCAGUGGGGAGGUGGUUCGCAAAGUGUCCCAGGUGCAGCUAAGCCAGGAGUGCAUGCGGGCCAUGAUGAGGAUGACUUACUGCCCCCACUGCCGCAGCAUGGCCUCAGCCAGACCCUGUGCCAACUACUGCAGCAACGUCAUGAAGGGCUGUCUGGCAAACCAGGCUGACCUCAACACAGAGUGGAGGCAUCUGGCAGACACGAUGAUGCAGGUGGCAGAUCGCUUUGAUGGCCCGUCUGGUGUGGAAAGCGUUAUUCUCUCUCUUCCAAAUCGCAUUUCAGAAGCCAUGUUUACCAUGAUGGAGAACAUAGAAACCAUCAACAGCAAGUUGUUCCAGGCAUGUGGCAACCUCAGACUUGGAGGAACUGGCAGCUCAGGAGCAGAUGAAAUCUUGAAGAGAGGAAAGGUCACAGUGGAGGAUAGGCUGGCAUCCAGCUUCAGCAAAAUGGACAAACUGGUGUCUGAUGUGACUAUAAGAUUGAGAGACAUGCAGCCAUACUGGAUUUCCCUGCCGAGCGUCCUCUGCAGCGACAGAGUGGCCACAGGGACAGGGGCCGAGGAAAAGUGCUGGAAUGGCAUGAGCCGUGCAAGGUACCUUCCAGAGGUGAUAGGAGAUGGCCUCGCCAGUCAGAUCAACAACCCUGAGGUGGAGAUCGACAUCACCAAACCAGACAUGACAAUACGGCAGCAGAUAAUGCAGCUGAAGAUCAUGACGCACCGCCUGAAGAACGCUCUCAACGGCCAAGACGUGGACUUUCAGGACACCAGUGAUGAUGUCAGCGGUUCAGGAAGCGGCUCCUGUGCUGACGAGAUGUGCUCCCGAGGCCCACGCAUCAUCACCCCAGCCACCGAACGGCCCAUUCUCUACCCACUCCCCCCUGAAAACAAGAGGGUGAAAGGCUCUGCAACUCAGAACCUCCCUUGCGUCUCUAUUUACCUGCUUCCACUGCUCACAUUGCUGCUGCGGCGAUAAUUGACCGGGGAUUCUACCAACUGGGACUGAGUUUGGGACACUUUGAGGGGGGG